AUGGACGUCCAGAUGAGCACGCCGGCCGAGCUUGUCGCAAAACUCGAGCGCGAUGGUUCUGAUUCUUUGCCGCCUCGAGCGAUGCAGCUUUUAGCAACCAAUUUCCAUCAAGCCGAGCCGGCGGCGGGAUACAGAGCACAGAGGAUGGCCCAUGCUGACGCGAUGGCCGUUCCCGGCAACAGCGAGGCCUACAAAUUGGCACUCAGGGCGGAGGGUCUGUCCCUGCAGAGUCUCGACGCCAUCAUAAAACAUUAUGUGGACAACAAGAUGAACGAGUCAGGGGAGGCAAUGUUACAGAACCCCGGUCAGCAAUUCGCGCCUAUUCCAACAGUUGGGCCGACGGUGGCAUCCUCUCAACCCCGUGAAUCAUCACAUCCAGGACAGCCGGCAAGCAUUCCGCCGCCACCACCGCCUCCGCCUCCACCUCCACCAGCACAAAUCCCGCCGGUUACUUUAACACCUACUAGUCUUGGUGGGCUGAGUGCUUUCGGUGGCUUCGGGGGUCUCGGUGGCCAAGGAGCUGCCGCUAGCUCUGUCAACUCGAGUCAAAACGAACCUCAACAUCAACAGAAUGCCGACCCGCCGAGACGACCUUUUGACUUUGAACCUGGUGGGCCCGUCUCUUAUGUCCCGGUCUAUCCUCGUGUACAGCAAUUUCCCGUUCCCGGACGAUCCGACCCGGACGGACCUCUUCGCAUUCUUGGGCCGAUCCGAGUUUACCGGGUGAUUGAUGAGAUGGCGGACGAGCUCUUGAGCAUCAAGGGCGACAACGACUGGGGCGAGGCAUAUACGAACAUUGUGGCCUCGAUGCGCGCUCGUUCGCACGUAUCCGCCGGCGCCCCGUCUCCAGCUCGUGCCCAACCCCUUUGGCCCGUGCCCAACCCCUUUGGCCUACGUCUGUCGCAUGAUGGUGGCAGACUCGUCUACACACCGAACAGCAAAAGUAAACUGUUGAAUCCCGCGGCCACGCAAAUGCCGCCUUGGUCGAACUGGAGCCCAAUCAUUCCACAUCAAAUGGCACAACCUGUCUACAUGCAAACGAUCCCCCACGACCAGUAUGUGGCGGCCAUCAACGAGUGGACGUCCGAGGAGGAGGAGGCCCGCAAGCAAAACCUCGCCGAGGGUCGUGAGCCACCGCCAUUCCAUGAGACGCCUCCUGGUUGGCCCUUGGGGUAUUCGCCGAAGCGAGACUUUAACAUCUUCCACGAGUCUGUCCAGGACUCGGAAGAGGCCCAGGCCUGGCCCAAGGGAGACAUCAACUACGCAAGUGAAAAGUGGGAAGCAAUGUCAGCAGACGAACAGGCAAUCUAUGGGAAGCCGUGCGAGGAGAGGCGCAGGUCGGCUUGGUUAGACUCUUUGAACAAACACAAACGUCCACUGAAUGCCACAAAACGACUAUACAUCAUCGCAAGGAUCUCUCUGCGGAGAAUCUCUUCUGCCGACGGCGCGGGUGGAUAA